GGCCAGGGUUGUUAACAAGGUCGAUACUGGAAACGAGCAUACCGAAAUUGGUGGCAGUGGAAAAGGACCAAAGCAACUGUCCGAAGUGUCUGAAGGAGUGUUAAAAGUUUUCCAUGGUGAUAUGCUUAAAAUCGAUCAUUCUUCAAUUCUUCAAGCGGCGAAUAUGAGCGAGACUGACAGCAUCUGUUCAAAAAGUCGAGUGCACUUGAUCGGUAACUUGCCAUUUAACGUGGCAAGUCCGUUAUUGGUACAAUGGAUGAAAAUGCUAUACGGUCGGGAGGGAAUAUUUAGAUUUCCAAAUGUUUCGAUGACUUUAAUGUUUCAGAAGGAAGUUGGCAACAGAAUAGUAGCAGGUGUGAAUGAUUCAAGACGAGGUCGAAUCUCGGUGUUGGUGCAAAGUCUAUGCGAAGCGAGAACGGUCUACCAACUACCUUCCGAAGUAUUUGUUCCUAAACCAAAGGUCGAUGCCGUCUUAAUCCAACUCAAAUCUCUUUCAAAUCCUGUGUUGAACGGUAAGAGGCUUUCACGUUUCAGACGACGCUGGACAUAG